AUGACUCGAGACCGACAAGAACCAUUUGGUCAAGUUAUUGACCGUUAUCUAAGGAAAGAAAUUGAUCUUUGCGAGCGAGCUCUUCACUUAGCAUUUUCUGCAAAUAGAUGGGAAAAGGCCGCAUUGAUAGAGGAGAAGAUUGCUGAUGGUGUUAAUGUGAUUUGUGAUCGAUACUGUUUCAGCGGAGUGGCAUACUCCAUCGCAAAAGGUGAGAUAUGGAAUACAACUUUCGAGUAUCUAUGUUUUAUUGCGAUUCAAAUCGACUUUACCGACUAA